UCGCUGCCCCCCCCCCCCCCCCACGUGACAGGGCCACUAGCCGGUCUCCGGAAACUGCGCGCCGUCAGUCGCACGCCGAUCGCGGUCGGUAAACAAACCGGGCCCCGUGAACCGACGUCUCUGCACCGUGGCCGCAGUGUCCGGGCUGCAGGGGGUGGAGGAGCCCGAGCCCGAGCCUCGGAGCUGAGCAUGGAAAACUGCAACCUUCAAGCAAAUGAUACAGCUGAGAAUCUUCGUCGCAUCAAAGAGGAAUAUAAAGAGGCAUUUAUCUUUAUAAAUAAAGGUCUCAGUGCAGACGAAUCGGGUCAAAAAACAGCUGCAAAACAACAUUACAGACGAGGAAAGGAGCACUUAAAUAAUGGAUUGUGUAUUCCAACCAAUGGCCCAGAAUGUAUUGGUGCAGAGUGGAACACUGCCCGUCAAAUGCAAAAUAAAAUGACAGUGGCACUAAGUAACAUAUCUACACGGUUAACUAAUUUGGAGCAUGUUGAGAAUCCAGCAGCAUCCAAUCAGUCAAACCAGUUGCCUGGAACGUCAGGGUCUAAUUGUCCAAAGUCAGAGUCAAGGAUAUAUCCAGUCCUACCAACACCAUGUGAAGAAAAAUCGUCAAAGUCUCAGUCCGGCUGUCAAUCAUCCACUGUGGCAGUGAGCAGAACUUCAAAUGGAAACUCCUCGUCUGCAACUCCUCAUCUCUCUUCACUGGAUUCCGCGUCCGUAGCUAGUGAGCUGCCCCCUGUAUACACUCCUGAGGCUAUGGAUGGGCACAUGACUCUUUCCUACGGCACGGAAUCUGGCGAGUUUGCUGUUAUAGGUGAUGAGAUUUAUGGGCAAGGAACUCAACCUCAUUCACUGGAAUCGUUCGGCAUGGAUGCCUAUGAGCUCAUUAGAAUUGAACAAGGAGUGCAGAUAUUCUAUGUAACGUCCGAUGGGCAAGUGAGUGCGCCCUCGUAUCCUGGCUUUCUUCGCAUAGUCACAUUUUCGGAGAAAGACAUUGGGGGUGCAGCACAAAGCACACCUCCUCCUUUUCUGCAGGUCUGUGACUGGGUCUAUCCACUGAUCCCCAGUCAGUCUCCUGUGCUGCUGUGUAACAAUGGAGUCUACAUGUUUCCAGAUGUAAUGUCACCAGACCCUGACAUCUAUGUUGGAGUGGUGUUGUCCGCAGAGCUGCCGCCAUCAGACCGCGAACACUUCGAAGAUUUGUUAAAACAAAUGACUUUUUUGAAAAUUCAGGAUCCUGAAGCUUCGGCUAAUGAAAUUAAUUUGAGUGAAACCUUACCGAUGGAUCAUGAAACACAACCAGGUAACCAGGUGAAUGUUCUACCUGAAUGGAGUGAAAAAGCGGCCCGUGGAAUUUUAACAGGUGCUUCGUGGCUGAGUAUGGGUUUAGUUAAAGGUGCUGAAUUCACUGGCAGAGCAAUUCAGAAAGGAGCAUCUAAACUGAGAGAGCACAUUCAGCCUGAAGAUAAACCUGCCACUGUCAGCCCCACUGUGGAAAAGGGACUAAGUGUUGCACGACAGGCAACAGGAGGUGCUGUCAAAGUCAGCCAGUUCUUGGGAAGGUAUGGCUCUGCUGCUGGGAAAGUCACAGACAACGCAGUGAACUCAGCCAUCAACGUUGGUGUGACAGCGUUCAACAUCGAGCAUCUGGGCAUCAAAGCCAUUGUUCGGCGCACUGCCAAGGAAACCGGAACCGCUAUCCUUGACGACUACAACUUGCAAGAAAAGGCAGGGAAGAAAUGAAUAAUCUCUACUUAAAUUUAGCUGAUGUAACUGUGAAUUCUAACAUGCGAAUAAUAAGUCAUGUUUUGCAGAAUUUUAUUUUCAACUAACAUGCAGGUUGAUCUUGGAGAAUGUACAUCCGAUGGCACUUUGUGUGAAAUAGCAUUAACUUAUUUCUGUGAUUGUCAAGUUGGUUUAAUUUUAACAUGUUAAUAACGCGUGAAGCAUCCUAGACUACUUGUCGUCUCUGAUUAUAAAGUAAAACAGAGACAAAAGAAAUUGCAGCUGCUAGUUUACAAAAACACAAGGGCUGGCAUAACUCGACAGGUCAGGCGGCAUCACUGGAGAACAUGGAAAGGUAAUGUCAUCCAACUGUAUUCUCUAGAUGUUGCCUGACCCGCUGCCAGAACUAUCUAUUUUUUUGAGAAUAUAUAUUUUGAUUUUCUUUCUUCUUCAGGUUUGGAUCCUGAGUUAGUGUGAAUCAGAACAGGCUAAGAUCCAUAUGGAACUAAUUCAGUACUUAUUCGUUGGACAUGAUAUUUUUUGAGUAGGAAGGAACUGCAGGUGCUGGUUUAAACCAAAGGUAGACACAAAAAGGUGGAGUAUCUCAGUGAGUCAGGCAGCAUCUCUGGAUUAAAGGAAUAGGUGACAUUUCGGGUCGAGACCCUUCAGUCUGAAGAAGCCUGACCUGCUUUGAUACUUUUUGAUGCGUUUGAAGGUCAUGGAGGUUUAGAGAAGUGUUUUUUUUUUAAAUCUUUUCCCUGUAGUUGCACCUAAAACUAUGUAUCCAUGGAGGUAUGCUGAUUGAAGACUUAUAUUUUGAACACAAGCAGCUGUAAUUGAGUGAGAACAUAAUUGGUGUGCAAUUUGUGUAGAGAACAUUUAAGAGUGGGAAUAAACACAAUUAACAGCAGUGGUAGUGAGUUGUGUGGGUAUGUUCCAACUCAACUUGCUGAUGCCUUUCUGAUAUAGCAAAACAAGUUACUGUAAAACAGGUAAAUAACACUUUUACUGACAACAAAAUUAAUUUUGCCCAUCAGCAACUUGCUCAGCACGGUGGUACCAAGGUACUAUUUUCAAAGUGGUCUGAUGAAGUUGGCUUCAAAUAGUAAACUUUAGUAGAAGAAUUUAACUGAUUUAAUUUAUAAUUGUUUUAAAAGAAAUUGAAGAAAUUUGAUUGUACCAUCUGUAACCUGUAAGAUGGUUCUAGAAUGAAUGAUAAAUUUUAAUCAUAUGUAAAUCUGUAUUUUGGGAACUGACCUCAAGUUGCAGACUGGACAAUUGUUCUGCUUCCACAUUAAACUUCCACUUAAAUAAUUUGUACUUCAAACUCUCAACAACAUUAUCUAUCCUCUAUUAAAGUGCCUUUGUCUUUAAUCAUCCUACACAAUGUAGAUGCAUUGUAUAAAUGUUUAUUUAAAUAACACUUACCAAUAUAUUUGACAGGUUUUUCUGUAUACGUAAAGAAUGAUAUCACAAAUCUGUUUGCCUUUGGUAUUAUUAAAGUAAACCAUAGAAAACAA